CAUGGCUUUUGCGCCAAGGUAGCGUCAAAGCAAAACUUAAUGACCGAAUCUGGAUCAUCACUGUUGCCUCUCGUCAAUCUAUGGCAAGCCGGUGUUCGUAGCUUUAUUUCUUCUUCUUUUUCCUCCACUCCUCUUUAAUAUUCACAAACCUACCCCAACCAGCCUUACUUACCGACCUACCUACCACUUGUAUACGUGCAUGCCUAAGUAGGUAGUGAGUGUACCCUACCUACCAUGCAUUCAGCCGACCGCAUAGGUACCUAGGUAUAUGAAUAAUCGAUCGAAUUCGCCUGCCUUUCCCAAUUCGGAACAUCUCGCCUGCCAAUUUCAAAACAGGCGUUUGCGCACCACCUACCAUACCUAGCAACCAACUGGUUCUACCCGAUCUGACAUUCUCAGAUCUGCCACUGUCGUCUACUCACAAACUUAUCGUCGCAAUGAUUGCUUCUCCAUAAUCCGGGGGCCCUUGGCAUAUAAUUAUUCGCCUCAGUAGCUGCGUCCAUCGACUAAUCGCCAGAUCUGUCCACCCUCUUCAGCAAUUCCACCAAACCCGGCGGUAAUGGGUGCUGAUUUUUUGUACCCAACCCGAAUUCCGUCGGUAAAUAUUCAGACAACCUCGUCACUCUUCCUCCGCCACUUUCCGUCCACGUCAACUUGGCCUCACCUUUCACAUCACUUGGGUCACUUUCGCCCGAUGGGUAGAUAGCCUUAUCUGGUACCCGAUAGCAACUGCAUGCGUCACGCUGGCAAGGGCUUGCUUGACCAUUGCAAUUGCAAUCAACCAUGGCGUCACCCACCGGGCCUCAGUUACAAGCUACUUGCGAAACACCAAGUAGCAUCUCAGAUCAAACCAAAGAGGCAUGCAACUUGACGGCCCUAGGCAUCUUUCCGGAUGCUGACCAAGACUGGCUCGGCGCCAUUUCCGAGAAACAUGGCUAUAAUGCCGAACUUGUCAUAGCUCAUAUAGCUGACUUGCUUGAGGAUGGCAAAUCUUACCCAAAAAGGGUACGGCAACGGCAGAAGCGCAAGCGGUCACCAAGCAACGAGGAUGUCAGCGAACAGAUGGGCAAACGAUUUUCUGGACAGGUAUAUCGUGACAAAUGCAUGACCAAGGCAUACGAAAUUACUGCAAAGAAUGCACUCAGGAAACGCUUCCCUAACGUAAAGGUCAAGACACUGGACUCGAUGUUUGUGCUGAACGAUCGCAGCACAUUCAAGACCUGCCUGGCUGUACAGAAGGUUCUGAGUGACCCCGAUGUGAGAACAUAUGAUUUCAUAUUAAAGAAAACCGUCAAGAAAGUGGACAACAAUCUGGCAAACGCAGUGUCCUCAGCUGUGGGAGAACAAAGGGAAGUAUUGGAGGAACUGCUGGCUGCCGUUAGUGUUGAUCAAGCAAAAGAGGAUGCCUCAAGGCGACUCGACCAGGGACAAAAGGCCGUGGAGGAUGAGCAACAGAACCUUGUCCUCGCCAAAGCCACAGGAUCGGUCUCUGAAUGUGGAUGUUGCUUUGAGGAGUUCGCAAGCAAUCGAAUGGUCUACUGCAACAGCCUAGAGCCACAUUUCUUUUGUCGGCAAUGCUUCACUUCCGAGGCGGAAAGGCUAGUUGGGCUCAAUAAAUUCAGGAUUGAAUGCAUGUCUUUGGAUGGAGAUUGCCAGAUGGGCUUUUCCAGAAUUCAGAUCUUACAGCUUGACAGCAAGCUUCGCUUUGCCUUAGAGAGGGUCGAGCAAGAUGAGGCCAUCCGCGAGGCAGGGCUCGAAGAUCUAGAGACGUGCCCAUUCUGUCCGUAUGCGGAAGAAUAUCCUGCCAUCGAUCUCGAUAAAGAAUUUCGCUGUCGAAACCCCGAUUGUGGAAUCACCAGCUGUCGGAGUUGUCGGCUCGAGACUCACAUACCCAAGACCUGCGCGGAAGCGGCAGAAGAUAAUGCCAAGGAUGAUAGUGUCUCGGCACGGCAUGUCAUCGAAGAGGCCAUGUCUGCAGCAAUGAUUCGUAUUUGCAACAAGUGCAAGACGCCGUUCAUCAAGGAGUCUGGCUGUAACAAGAUGACGUGUACCAAGCCGAGUUGCGGCAAUGUACAAUGUUAUAUUUGCCACAAAUCUUGCCAGUAUGAUCAUUUUGACAGGAGGAACUACGGCGGCAAGCCUGGGAACUGUCCCUUGUUCGACCAAAAUAUUGAAAAGCGGCAUGAGGAUGAAGUCUCUGCAGCAGAGCAGGUGGCUCUUCAGGCUGCCAUGGCCGCAAAUCCGCAACUAGAUAGCGAUUCGCUCAAGAUAAAGUUCCCCUCCCAGUCAGAAGGCGAGGAGAUGAAACGAAAGGCUGCUCUGGCUAAACGACAAGAAGAAGGCAAUGCUUACUUUCGUGAACUCCAGGCCAGGAUGGAAGCACAGAUACGGACAUUGGAACAGGGACGCCUAAAAGCCCGGCAAGAUUUUGAGCGCAACGCCCGUCCGAGAGUAGUCAUUGCUCAAGAUAUCCCACAGUCGAUCCAUCAGCCCAUAAACUCGAAGUUGACCUUGGGAGCGUCAAUCCCUGUACAAAAUGCACUUGUGCCAGCCCUGCCAUUGCAGCUCGCACAGCCCCUUCGAGCGCAGAAUGCUCUUGAUCAGCAGCCCCAGUUCUAUCCACCAAUUCCACAAGUGCAAAAUGCACCACCUAUAUUCCUCCCGUGGGAUCAAAACUAUGGAGUCCUCCCAGCUAUGCCUAUAUCACGUAUACCGCCAGCAGCUCCCCAGGGCUAUGGGGCUGCUUUUCAUCUCGCGCCGCAAUGGCAGGCUAUCCCAGACCCCAACCCUCCUGGUAACCAGAUGGCGCAGAUGCAAGGUUUAAGUUGGAGCCGGGAUUACUCUCAGCAUACUCCCAACUCUGAAGGCGCGAAAUUACAGCAACAAAAACAACGGCCUGCUCAACCAGACCAGUCACUGGUCCCGAAUAUGGACGCAUUCAAUAUACCAGGCCAAUCUAUACUAGCCCAGGGCUUACCCAUGUUUGGUCAUGAUGUUCAGCAAAACAUGGCAGCGUCUCAGCUAGGUUCUCAGCAAAACCCGAUCGACCUUGACGCUGGAUCUGACCAUCGUGAGAAUACAUAACAUGAAGCUUUGUUGCCCUCUGUCUUUGUCAGGACCCGAACUUUCCCUUUUACCCCGUCCAACAAUUAACUUACCAUCGGAUGCUUGACAAUGGAAACAAGAGAUCAUUGAUAGAUCUAAGAAACUGUCAGUACGAGAGCAAGUCCGGACUUCCAGCAGGGAAAACCGGACUUCCUCAUCCGGCGGCAUACCCCUGAGAGUCGUUACUACCAUGUAAACGCCUCAUCCACCAUAUGAUGACAAGCACGGCAGAGUCUCGGCUGGGAGAAAAAAAUCUCAGAACUAAUUGUAGAUACGGAGAAGGAAACCCUUGAGGAUCGAUCCAGAGCAAGUACUGAAGUGAUGAUCACUUGGUCUGCCAAAAGUAAAAUAAUUGGCGUUUGGCAACUUCAUAGAUUUUGGCUGGGUUUGCCAGAACACAAUGCCUCCUCAUGAUGUAGAUUGCUUUUGGUUUUAACCCCUCUCCUUUUCUACAGAGUACAUGCAUGUUCAAAAAGGUUGUAUCCACAAAGGUUGUCUCGAUAUGGGAUGAAGCGGGUUGAGAUUGGACGAGAUGAGAUAUGGAUGUUAUGUGGAAGGCAUGGAAGAUAUGGCUCUGACGUCUGACAAGCGAUCGAUACGUAUAUGAGAUGUUC